UUAGGCUCAGUGUUUGCAUCUCCCUCUUUGGAACGGAGAAAUGGAGCUUCUUCAGAGCCUCCUGCUGGGGUUGAUUGGAGUUAUAGGGAUUCCUUCCCUGUUUCUUCUCUCCUGGGUGAUUUAUUAUGAUCUUUCCAGGAGUAAAAUUCCAUCUGGAUUUGACAGUCCAUUAAAACUUCGAGGUCUUCACUGCAGUAAUCAAGAGUUUUGUCUGCUCUAUGUAGAUGACAUAUUGUAUGCUUGCAAAACAGACAAACUAAAAGGUUUGCUAAGCAAUUGUCAAGCGUUACUUACGGAAAAACUGGGCAUUUGCCACUUACAUGAAACCCUUCGAAUUCUCAUAGAAGGAAUACCACCAAAGAAGAACUCAAGGCUAAUCAUCAAAGAUCUGGUUUUUGAUGAGGUGCCAGUGAGAUUGUACUGUCUCAAUUCACCACUUUCUGAGAACAGGAGAGGAAUUGUCUAUCUGCAUGGAGGUAUUGGAGUACUCGGAAGCAUCCGAUCAAGUGAAAGAUUCAGUCGCUGCCUUGCCUUAGAAAGUGACUCAGUGGUUGUGAGUGUUGGCUUCCGUUUAGCUCCUGAGCACCUGUUUCCAGUCGCAAUUCAAGACUGUUGUACUGCUGCAACCCACUUUUUGAAGAAUGCAAAGGAAUACGGGGUGGACCCCAGCCGCAUUGUUAUUGGGGGGGAUAGUAGUGGGGGCACUUUUGCAGCUGCUGUUUGUCAAAUCUUGGUGGCAAGAAAGGAUAUCCCAAGAGUGCGAGCUCAGUUCCUGAUCUACCCAUUCCUCCAAGCAGUGGACUUCAACUUGCCUUCCCAUCAGCAAAACCAUUCAGUUAUCUUGUUUUUCAACAAAUGGGCUAUCCGACUUGCUACCCAAUUUUUCACAGGGAAGAGGGCCCAGGAUGUGGAUGGGAUACUGAAGGGCUCCCAUGUCCCUGAUGACAUGUGGGUGAAGUACCGAAAAUGGAUUUGUGCUGAUAACAUCCCAGAAGAAUUUAAAGUUAGGGGCUAUAGGCCAAUAGGACGUGCUCCCUUUUCAGAAAAACUUUAUGAAGCAUCCAGAUCAGGUUUGGAGGCAAUGUUCUCCCCACUUAUAGCAGAAGAUUGUGUUAUUCAAGAGCUCCCCGAGACAUUCAUUUUAACCUGUGAAUAUUGUCCCUACCGAGAUGAUGGGUUGUUGUACAAGAAACGCCUGGAAGACAAUGGUGUGCAGGUGACGUGGCAUCAUAUUCCGGAUGGAUUUCAUGGAAUUCUUUUGCUAUUUGGUCAAGGGCCACUUGAAUUUCCGAGUUCAAGGGCAUUCAUGCAACAUUUAAUCAAUUUCUUAGAACGGUUUUAGAAGGGAGCAAAGUGUUUCUUUUCUGCAGUUCUGGUCUUCCACUUCUCUGGAGUUAUACCUCCCCUCUGUUGUUCAGUUGGGAGGCUGGAUUUGUGCCACCCCCUUAGUGGAAAUCCCAGUGACUUGUAUUGUGAAACUAAAAUAGUUCCCCCCCCCCAACUAGAGUGAACCUUGCAUUGUGUAUGACAAACUAUUACUUGAAUUCUGUAUGUCCUUAAAAUUCUCUCUGACUCUCAUGAGAUGUAGGGAGGGGAAGCACAAUCUCUGGGUACCUGAA